AGAGAGAGAGAGAGAGAGAGAGAGAGCCGGGUACAGAGCCGGGUACAGAGCAGGGGUUAUCACAGGACAUCGCUGCUGGACCUCAAACAACUAGCAACAGGAGGCGCACAAACCCAAAACCGCCUCGGAUAUCUUGACCUACCUCACCGCCGCCUUUACCUUCGGAUAUACCGCUACUUGGACAUACGGCGGCAACUUCAAAGACAUAUAUGACAGCGCGUGUCGGAGCGUUAAUGUGUCACGGGUGUUUUUUUUCUGACGUUUGGACCGGAGCAGCUCGUCGUUACACCGACUGGACCUUUUUUUUUUUUUUACUUUUCGGUGACGGCUUCAUUUACCGCAUACACGGAUUUAAGGGCAAGCUGUAACCGUCUUGUCAUCGAAACAGGCUGUUCCGCUGCUCGCUACAAGGGUUAGCAAGCGAUAUGACAAUUACAUAAGCUCGUUUCAGACGCUAGAAAACAUACAGCGAAACGACAGCGACGUUUGGAAAACCCGUACAGACCCCGGCAGGAGACGUCGAGGUCAUAAACUCUCCUAACCGCAUGUGUGUUGCUGUUGUCGGCACAGUAAUGUUACAGCGUUUCUUUGCCGCGGCUGCCCUCUUUUUAAUCCCGGGUGCUUCGAAGUAACGAGGGGCUGCAACUCCACCAGCACGGCGGGGAAGUCGGUGGCACUUGUAGCAUUUGUCUGCGUUUCAUUCGUCGUCUGAACUGAGGACGACACAGCGGACACCAAAAGACAGUGAACUGCCUGUGCUCCUCCAAGGGCUGAAAGGUCACCGGGACCGGUCAUCUCCUUUCCCUCCUCCCCCUUCUCCUCCUCCCAUCAGUCUGUUAUGAAGAUGUGAACUCUUCCCUCCCUUCCCCUCUCUCUCUCUCUCUCUCUCUCUCUCUCUCUCUCUCUCUCUCUUUCUCUCUCUCUCUCCUCGUCUAGGACGCUGUGAUCUGUAUUUUCUCUGUUUGCUACAAAGAGAUCAAACGCGAAGCUCCUCGCCUCUCGGGGGAUGUACGAAAGCGUGGAUGUUGUGGGUCUCAGCCCCAGCCCAAGCAGCCCAAGUCCCGGCUCUUUUCUCAGCAUGGACUACUACCACAGACCUCCGGGGCUCGGGCCGGAGAAGGGACUUCUGUCCGGUGUAGGAGGACUCCAGCGUCCGUUCGGAGGGUCCCUGGUGAGCGGCAGACACUGGAGCGGAUCCAGCCACUCUAUAGAGACGGAAAGCACGAGCUCAGGAGAGGACCUGCUCGUCCCCAGUCCCCCCUCACCUCCACCUCCGCCGCGCAUCUACAAGCCCUGCUUCGUAUGUCAGGAUAAAUCUUCAGGAUACCACUACGGAGUCAGUGCCUGUGAGGGCUGCAAGGGUUUCUUCCGGAGGAGCAUCCAGAAGAACAUGGCGUACACGUGUCACAGAGACAAAGUCUGCGUCAUAAACAAGGUGACGAGGAACCGGUGUCAGUCCUGCCGACUGCAGAAAUGCCUCGACGUUGGCAUGUCCAAAGAGCUGGUGCGAAAUGACAGAAUGAAGAAAAAGAAGGAAGAGAAGAGGCAAGGCGAAACGGAGAUCUACGUUCUGUCCGCAGACACGGAGCAGAUGAUUGAGCGAAUUCGCCGAGCCCAUCAGGACACAUUUCCCUCCCUGUGUCAGCUGGGAAAAUACACCACGAACAACAGCUCCGAGCACCGCGUCUCUCUGGACGUCAGUCUUUGGGACAAGUUCAGCGAGCUGUCCACUAAAUGCAUCAUUAAGACGGUGGAGUUCGCCAAGCAGCUGCCGGGCUUCACGACGUUAACCAUCGCUGAUCAGAUCACCCUGCUCAAAGCCGCCUGCCUCGACAUACUGAUUCUAAGGAUCUGCACCCGCUAUACCCCAGACCAGGACACUAUGACCUUCUCCGACGGGUUGACUCUGAACCGCACCCAGAUGCACAACGCUGGCUUUGGACCGCUCACCGACCUGGUGUUCUCCUUCGCCAACCAGCUGCUCCCACUACAGAUGGACGACGCGGAGACGGGAUUGCUCAGCGCCAUCUGCCUGCUCUGUGGAGACCGUCAAGAUCUGGAAGAGUCAGACAAGGUGGAUGUUCUUCAGGAGCCAAUUGUUGAAGCCUUGAAGAUCUAUGUGAGGAGGAGGCGACCUGAUAAACCCUGUAUGUUUCCCAAGAUACUGAUGAAGAUUACCGACCUCAGGAGCAUCAGUGUAAAGGGAGCAGAGCGAGUGAUCACACUGAAGAUGGAGAUCCCCGGCUCCAUGCCUCCUCUCAUUCAGGAGAUGCUAGAGAACUCUGAGGGACUGGAGGGGCAUGGAGCUGGGGGAGGAAAGGGAGGAGGCGGAGGAGGAAAAGGUAGAGGAGGAGGAGGAAGCAGAGAAGAGGAAGAAACAGAGCUCGGAAGCUGUCAUCCAAGUCCAUCACCUAAAUCAGUUCCCUCCUCAAGCCCAAGCCCGGCGCCCUGCUCGCCAUCUUCUCCCUCCCUCUCCACCUGAAGAUCUGCACUGAGCAAAGCAGAAAAACUUUAUUCUAGCCAGGAGGGAGGCUAAAUAUCUUUAUAGAGGUGCUCAAUGAAAGCAGGUAAACGAUGCUGUGUGGACUGUUUGUGCUCAGACGUCAUGGUUUUAUAUCUUAUCUUUUUAAAACACCUCAAAGGUUGAUUAUAUGCACACGUGAACUUAAAUGAAGGAUUAUCAAGAUGCCAGAAUGUGGACACAGUGAUGAAGAGGACUGCCUCUACAUCACACAUUUCCUCCCUCGUGAAAAAGUCCUGUAUAGUAUGCAAAGUCAUGUGUAACAUAAUGUACAUAACGAAAAAAAGGCUGUGAAAGAAGACAGAGACGGACUGAUACAAGAAGUUAUUUUCCUAAAUGUACAUGUGUAUAUACUGCAUUUCCACAAUACAGCUGUAAAGAGUUCUUCAUCACCAACACUCACACGAACCCACAGACUUCUGCUUUCCAUCCCCUCACAGACACAUCAGGGAAAAAUUAAGGUCCUUGACUCAGUUUUCCUUCACGAACAUGAGAUUUUCUAUGUCCUCUAUAAGAGAAUAUGAAUUUGUUUUCAGAUGCAGCUUCAGCAACUCAAGUGACUUAAUUUCAACAAACUGUGAAACAUAGGAAACUCUCAUUUUGAGGUGAUACAACGUAUCAUCAUUGAACCAAAGCUACCAGGAGUACAACCCCCACCAAUGUAGCAGAUUUAUAGUUUAAUGAAGGUAAUAUGGAAAUCUCAUCAUCAGUGAUGACAGGUGACUGCCAAAACAUGUCUUAAAAUGUACGAGCCGUCUUUAGUUUUUAAUAUUUCGCACCACUAACUGUCCUAGUCCGUUUUACACAAUGCCACUGCCUCACUACAACAUACUCUGUCAGGUACAAAUCAAUUUCUGUGUUCUCCUUUUUAAUGUACGAUGAGGCAGCUCUCAUCGGAAAGUAUAAAAAUACAGGGAGUUUAAUAAAGACGUGUCGUUUUCUUCUAUCCUGA